AUGUCCGAAUUAUCUAGAUUUACUUCUAUAUUGUUCGAGGAUUCCACUAUAUCUUUAAUAGCUGGUGGAUUGGCUGGUGUUGUCUCUAGAACCACUGUUUCACCUUUUGAGAGAGUCAAAAUCCUUUUGCAAUUACAAGGCUCCUUGCCUCAGACCCAAUAUAAUAGAGGAGUAGUGAAUGCAAUCAAACAGUUAUACCAGGAAGAAGGAAUCAAAGGUUUAUUUCGUGGUAAUGGAUUAAAUUGUAUACGUAUAUUUCCAUACAGUGCAGUGCAAUUUGCCAUCUUUGAAUAUAUCAAAAAACACAUAUUCCAUGUCGAUAAGUAUCAUGGUCAAUUAUCUAAUGGACAGAGACUGUUUGCGGGUUUUAUGGGGGCAGCCGCAAGUUUAUUAGUAACUCAACCACUAGAUUUAGUUAGAAUAAGACUUUCGGUACAAACAGCCAAUCUACAAAAUUUAAACGAAAGCAGAGCAAAAGAUAUUCGAAAGCCACCUGGUUUCUACACUCUGUUUAAGCAGAUAUAUAAAAAUGAAGGUGGUAUAUAUGGUUUAUACAGGGGGAUGAUUCCAACUGCAUAUCAAGUAUUACCUUGUGUCGCAUUAAAUUUUGCAGUCUAUGAGCAAUUAAAAGAAUUCCAUGAUAGUUCUAACUCAACGAUGUGGUUAUAUAAACUGAUGUUUGGAGCGAUCAGUGGUGCUGUUUCCCAGACUGCUACAUAUCCGUUUGAUUUACUACGCAAGAGAUUUCAAAUUAUGAAUAUGGGAAAAAAUGAAAUGGGAUUCAAAUAUACAGGUAUCUGGGAUGGUUUAAAGACCAUUUAUCUCACUGAAGGUCCACUAGGGUAUUACAAGGGUUUAACAGCAAAUCUAUGCAAAGUUAUCCCAUCUACAGCAGUAAGUUGGCUUGUCUAUGAAAUUGUUUGGGAUUUUAUGAAAUAUAAUUCUGCCUCAACUUUGUAA